AUGACAUCCACUUCAUCCGAGACCGAAUUAUUCACUACACCACCAACAAGUCCGUCACAGAUAACAACAUGCCAACUACCAGGCCGUCUUUUGGUGCAACCCUGCUUUCUAGAACUGGAAUUUGAUAAAUCCCGCUUUUCACUUCCAACUACGGCCAGGGGCAUCUGUUGUUCAGCCAAGAACGUCUGGUACUCCAAUCAUCAUUGGCCCGAGCAAUCUCAAUACAAACACCUAUUCGAACAAGCCUCAGAAACGUGGGAGAAGCUUGCACCGGAGUUCAACAGAAUAUGGAAUAAGAUAUGGAGAAAGUCACUUGCAACAACACCAUGGACCGUCGAGCUACGACUUGCUGGUGUUCACCUGCCCAACGAGCAGCGAAUUAUCAUAAAACCAAGCAUUUGGAUAAGGAGUACCGAUGAAGCCAUUCGAAGCAGUACUGUUUGGAAAAGGCUUCAAAAGGAAGUUCGGAAACUCGGACUUGAUUCGGUCCAGUAUGCAUUAACCUUCGCUGAAGGUGGCUUAAGGUCAGCAAACGGCCCAGCUUCUGUGCCGUUAGAACGUUUGAGCUUGACAAAGGGCAUCGAGUUAUCAAAUGGCGCAAGUUUACAUACUCAUGUUACCUGGUGGACCGUCAAUGGGCGAAUAGUAUAUCAGGAAGUAUCCCGCAUCGGAGGCGUACUGGUCAUCAAUGCCUCACUCGCGGCUGGGGUGACCUCUGGACACACUAUGCUCCUUUACUUCUUGCAAAACACGGACGAGGUGACCCCAAUGGACGGGAACGAUCUACAAAGCACUCCUAAAAGCUCUGAUUCGAACUCUUGUUCAGAGGAUGAUGACGGAAAAGCAAGUAGCGAUGAGUGCGAGCUCGUGGAGAACGAUACCAAAAGUCCAGACCCCAUUUCUGAUCUCGGCUAUAUCGGUCUUGAAAAGGUCGGCAGUUGGGUUCCAGUAACCCUAUCAGGGAUGAUCAAUUUUAUACAACAAGCCGAGGUCCCCCUUUCGCCCGAAGCACCGUAUUUGAAACUCGUCAAUAUUUCAACUGGCCCGAUACCUGCCGACUUUGCUCUUGUAUCUCGAAAGGAGUUUGGUGUUCCUUUAGGCCACAACGACAACAUUUACAAUUUUAAUGGACGAAAGAAUGUAUCGAAUAUGUGUCCUGACUCUUGGUUGGCGGCGAACGAGCACGAAAUACUCGUCUUGCUGGGUAAUGGAAUCGAAGGCUCAACAGGUUUUCUGCAACCAGCGAAAUUGCCUUUUUCUGUUGGGAGCACGACCAUAUGGACACGUAAAAUUCGUCUGAAUGCACCUUUGGGUCGUGGCACAUCCGGUUCCUGGGUUGUUCUACGAGAAUCGGGUAGGCUAUGCGGCUCAAUCAUAGCGGUGUUCGAACGCGAGCCAUAUGCACUUAUGAUAACCGCGCAGACUCUGUUCUCCGACAUUAUACAGUAUUCUCGAGAUGUAAGACUCGUCACACUAGGGUCUCCUAAACUUGACCUGAAAGAUGAGAGUCAAGCAUUAGUAUUCAAUGAUCUUGGGCACGAAGUGGGCCUAAGGGAAGUCAAUAAGGAGGAGCAUAUCUCAUCAUCGGCAGUGAAAUCCAAUUGGGCGACGGAGGAUUCCAUAGCGGCGCCUGAAGAGCUUCCGACCGCUUCCCAACUCAUGGCCUCUAGUCCAACACCCACAGCUCCUAGCCACAGGCGGCCGCAUAUGGCUAACUCUCUUGGCAAUAACCCAGGAAGCCUUACUUAUAGCGGGUCAUCCGAUACCGGAUCAUCUGAGUUCUUGCCAAUGCCACAGAACCAAAGUCUGUCAGAUACACGUUUGGAAAUGUGGUCACCUGAUGAUAAUGUCAUUGCUCGAAUCUCUGCCAAGGUCAUCAGCGGGACGAAGUUCAAUUUCACCACUAUAAUGGACCUUGAGUCCGAGAUAUCAGAGACACAACCUUCAGCAAGCCUGUUACGGUUUCCAGAUACCUCUCGUGCCGACUCGGCUCUUAUGGGAUGUGGUUCCGUGUUUGGCCAGUUUAUACCUAGUGACCAGAUAUAUCUCAGCCUUUGAUGGACUGGAUUGCGUCUUGAGGGCACAUAGGGAAUAACUGGAAAUCGAACUCAAAGUCAAAGCUAACACUUGUUGGUUGGCUUUGCAGUCAACUGUUACAAGAUCUCGAUUACGAAAUAGAGAUCUAGCUUUGGGGAUUGACAUUAUCUAUUGAUUGUAAUAUACACUCUUAAUUAAUUGCAGUUAAAAUAUAUAGUAUUCUAG